GUUUGGUCUCUAAAUUCUUUCAACACCUCGACCCAAAGAUCAUGUCAUUUAAGGGAAUGGCUCCACUCUGGAUUGUGUUAUUUCUAGAAAUAUUUCCAGCCUAUGCUGAGGAUUUUAACCCAUCAUCAUUUGUCUCAGUGAAGUCUGGAGAACGUCUUACUCUGAACUGCACAUUUCGAGAUCAACACAGUAAAGAACUUAUUAUUUGGUAUAAGCAAAAAUUUGGACAGAUGCCUCGGGAAGUGGGAAACAUUAGAGCUCAUAUAGACACCCAAACAUCACCUGAGUUCAGCUCAGGAUUUAAAGUAGAUGAGAUCUUGAAUGGCAUUUCUUUAACAAUGCUACGAACAAAGAAAGCUGAUGAAGGACUGUAUUUCUGUGGAGUAUAUACCUGGGGCAAAUUUAAAUUUUCCAAUGGAACAUUUGUAGCCGUGACAGAUGACAGAGAUGUAAAAGUGUCGGUGUUGCAGCGUGCCAUGUCGGACUCGGUUCCUGCAGGAGCCUCAGUGACUCUGCAGUGCUCGGUUCUCUCUGAGAGCAGAGCAGCAGAACUCCAAGUGCUCUGGUUCAGAGCUGCUCCACCACAAUCCCAUCCUCAAAUCAUUUACACUCAUCACAACAGCAGCCAUCAGUGUGAGAGCGGCUCUUCUACACACACCUGUGUGUACAACUUCACCAAGAACAUCCUCAGCCUCAAUGAUACUGGAACUUACUACUGCGCUGUGGCCCUGUGUGGGAAGAUUGUAAUUGGGAAUGGGACUCCAGUACAUAUAGGCGUGAAUAAGUUCACUGAGCAACGUUUCAAGGGAUCAGAUUCUGUAGUGAUCUGCCUUGGCGUAGUGUUGGCAGUGUGUGUGGUAGCAAAUUGUGCUCAAGUUGUUUUAUACUGUAAGAAAAGAAACUCCAAACAUUGCACAGUGAGACAUCUACAAGGUUCAUUAAUGGAGAAAGCAAACAAUCAGGGCCGUGAUGCUGUGGAGCUGAAUUAUGCUGCUCUAAAUUUCAGUGAGAGGAAAAUUCAAAGUGGAAGAGCCAAAAAAAGACAUCAUCAAGAUACUGUUUAUUCUGAUGUGACAUACACUCCUGCUACUUAGAUUGCUGUUACAUUGUUGUAUGUCUGUUCCGAUGUUUGAACCAAAUGAAUGUAAAAGUAUUUUUAUAUCAUAUUAAAAAAACAAGAAAACUAACAGUGGAAGAGCAAAUACACUGGAUGAAACUAUCCAGUUUACUCUGAAGUGCUAAAAUUCUCUGGAAUUUAAAUUUUCUAUUCAUCCACCCAUUGUCUAUACCCGUUUUAUUCCUAAUUAGGGUCACAGAAGUCUGCUGG